AUCCAAGCUGAUUACUUCUUUGUCCUGUUCUUGCCUCCUCAGAGCUUCUCGGUGGAAAGUGUCAAAGAUUCCUCGCCGAAGUUUCCUUCCAUUUGGCCUUGUGUUGUCUCUUUGUCCUCUUGUGACAAGAAAGGGUAUUUUGCUCUUUCGAUCUUCGCAUCUCAGGUAUUUGGCUAUUUCGUUCUCCAUCGGCUUAUGCCCUAAAUUUGAUUCAUUCAAACUGAAAUGGAAGAGCCCAAACCCUAAUCCUCGGUGGUAGUUCUUACCUCCCUACCCUUCAUCCUCUGUUUUCACAAGUGGAGUUGCUUCGCACAACCCCUAACCUCUGUUUUCCCGGUGCUUUUUGGUCUCUUUCUUCUGGUGCACUGUGUUGUUGUUCCCUGCAAAUCAGGCCCUGGGUUUUCCUCUGUUGGAAUCCAAUGGAGGAGGAUGAUGCUUCAGAUGCUCGCUUAGCUUCCAUAUGCAGCAUUCCAAAGCACGAUGAAGAGAGCCUGGAGAAUUGAUUCAGUCAAUAUUACCCAAGUAGAUCAAAAAAUCUUUGCCUUUACCUUUAAAUCCGAGAAUGAGAUGAAAAGGGUGAGGGAUUCGGGGCCCUGGUCUUUCUCCAACAACCUAGUGGUGCUCACACCUUUUGUCCCGGAUAUUCCACUGCAAUGCUAUGAAUAUACUCAUUGUGAUUUUUGGGUCCAAGUGCAUGGUUUGCCUAUGAAUUGGAUCUCGGAGGAAUCCAUAAGGAGAAUCACGGUAGCUGCGGGCCUUGUUUCUGAAGUGAAAUGCGACGCAAAAGCCUCUUCCACCUUUUCAAGUGGAAAGGCUAAAGUCAGACUGAACUUAGUGGCCCCUUUGAAGCCUGGUACGAUUGCUAGCCAAGAAGGAAAGAAAUUAUGGGUUGAUUUUAGAUAUGAGAGGCUGCCACACUUCUGCUAUGCUUGUGGUCGGAUUGGGCACUGUGCCAAAUUCUGUGAAGUAGAACAAUUUGACGAGAGCAUGCUAGAGACGGAUAACCCAGGAUGUUUCGGUCUUUGGCUCCGUGCGGAAACGAGAGAAUGGAGCCCGCUUUGGAAAUCAGUCCACGCUACAAAAGUGCAUGAAGUUAGGGAUGAGGAGAUAGAUCAUGAUACUCCAACCCCUACUCUUCAGUUGGUGCCUUACAAGUCACAGGGAAAGAGUCCAAUGAUCCCAAGCUUUGAGAAUAAGAUUGAGAAACCAGGACAACCCUUUAUAAAUGAACUAGUAGCAAGGGGAGUUGGUAGCUAUUUUUCUAAAGAUGGUCCUUACCAACCAAUUCAGCCGCUAAAUGCCCUUGUCCUCCCCCUGGUGAGUGAAUGGUGCUCUAGUGGCCCUCAGAAGAAUUAUAGUAAGGGAAAGAAAUCAGCAAGCAAGAAGAUCCAGAGAAGGUACAGUCCCUACUCCCCCCAAAAGGGUCUCUCCCCUGCCUUGGAUGAGACCCAUCUUCUAGAUACUCCGAUCCAGGUUCUGAAUGAGUCUCAGUUACGGGCUUUGGUGGCUAGCCCUAAUAAGCCAUCGGGUUUCCCAUGAAUAUCUUAAGAUGGAAUUGUCAGGGAUUGGGCACACCCUUGACAAGCCAGGAACUGCGAGCCUUAGUUGCUCGUGUUAAGCCCAGUAUCCUCUUUUUGAUGGAAACGAAGAACAAAGAAGUGAAGGUUUAGAGACUUAUGAGGUGUCUAAAUUUCCAGUUUUACGAAGUAGUAAACCCAACGGGAAUAGCAAGUGGGUUAGCGGUGAUGUGGACGGAUUCGGUAUCCUUGAAUGUGGUAAGGGCCUCUCCGGAGCUAUUUGACCUGAUUUGCUCAGAUAAAGUAAGCCAAACUCAGAUGAGAAUCACCUUUGUCCAUGCCACAACUGUAUACCAAGAAAGGCUCCAACUCUGGAGGGAGUUGCAAAGAGUUAGUCUUUCAAACCAGCUACCAUGGAUUUGUAUGGGUGAUUUCAAUGAAAUAUUGCACCCGUGGGAAAAGAUCGGAGGACGCAUGGCGGAUAACUACAAGCUAGCUGCUUUUCAGGAAUUCCUUAA